AUGAGUGUAAAAUCCAGCUAUGCCACUUUCAUCCCACGACGUGGGGUAUCCCGCCGAAUUGGCCUCCGCCGGCGUCUAUUCCGGGGCCUGUUGAUCUGUGUCCUCAUCUGGACCGCUCUGGAUGUACUGUACAUCCAUCACCUCGUUUCGUCCUCCUCUUACCGGACCAAUGACAUUACUCGGCCAUCACUCGUCUCAGAACGACUGUUCAUCGCCAGCACCCAUUGGAACAAUGAGGCUAUCCUCCGCAGCCAUUGGAACGAUGCCAUCAUAGAACUAGCGAAAGCCUUCGGUCCAGAUAACAUCUUCGUGAGCAUCUUCGAAAGCGGAAGCUGGGAUGAUACCAAGGGGGCACUGCGAGAUCUUGACGCGAACCUGGACCGACUUGGCGUGCGGCGCAACAUCACAUUGUCGAAUACAACGCAUGAGGAUGAGAUCUCCGCGUCGCCGGGUGAGGGCUGGAUCGACACGCCCCGGCAUAAGAAGGAGCUAAGGCGCAUAUCUUAUCUUGCUCGGUUGCGCAAUUGGUCCUUGCGGCCGUUGGAGGAUCUGUCGCGGCGGGGGAUAACGUUUGAUAAAGUGUUGUUUUUGAAUGAUGUGGUGUUUACGGUCGAUGAUGUUAUUUCGCUACUUGAGACAAAUGACGGUUCCUAUGCUGCUGCUUGCUCCCUGGACUUCUCCAAACCACCUUUAUACUAUGACACGUUUGCUCUUCGUGAUGCGAAUGGCGAUGAGCAUGUGAUGCAGACAUGGCCUUAUUUCCGCUCUGAAGUGUCGCGCAAUGCUCUAUAUUCCAUGUCUCCAGUACCGGUGAAGAGUUGCUGGAAUGGAAUGGUUGCUAUGCCUGCGGAGCCCUUCAUAUCCACUACUCCAUUGCGAUUCCGUGCCAUUUCCGAUUCCCUUGCAAAAUCACACCUCGAGGGUUCGGAGUGUUGUUUAAUUCACGCGGAUAACCCUCUUUCCCAGCAGCUUGGGGUUUACCUGAACCCUAAUGUCCGCGUUGGCUACAAUCCUGCAGCUUACGAAGCUGUUCAUCCUACUGGCGCCUGGCUGUCGCUGCAGCAUGUGACAUUGGCUCUAUGGGAGAAUAGAAUUCGACGCUGGGUUACAACGCCAUUGUUCAAGAAGCUUCUCGUUCGCAGAAGGCUUGGUCGCUGGCAGGAUGUCCAUCCAGAUGAGAAAGAGCCUGGCGACUUUUGUCUUAUUAAUGAGAUGCAGGUGCUUGCCUAUAAUGGAUGGGCACACGUAUGA